AUGAGGGGUGAAGCGUUGAAGGUAGGCCUAACAAAUAGGCUUAGUGUACUACCAUGCACUACGUUUGUUUUGUAAGAUAAAGAAGAAAAUUAUUCAUUUUGAGAUAUUAUUUUUCAAAUCUUAGCUCGUAUAAUAACAAGUAGGAAGUUUAGUAUGGUUGUGGAAUUAGAAGAUUAUGCAUCUGUCGCCUUAACGUCACAAGAACUUGGAAUUUUGGCAGACAUUGAUAGCCGACAUUUUGGUUUUCUAAAACUUAAUCUCCCUGAAAAUGUAAAAAGGAAAGCAUUAAUAAACAAGGCAGUGAAAUACUUGGAACGGGUUUUAAUACAUCAUCACCAGUUCAAGGAAAAAGAACGACUGCUUGCUAACAAACAGCAAAAUGCCAAACAAGAGGGGGGAAAAGUACCUGGACAACCUGAUCAAAAGAAUGAACAGACAAUUUCAAAAGCAAAAGAGUUAGAUCCUCGAACAUAUUGUAAACUAGGUCAUUUUCUGCUUUUGCUUGAAGAUUAUGCCAAAGCUAUGUCUGCAUAUCAAAAGUUCUACGCUUCAAAAGAAGAUCAUUGGAAGGAUGCUCCUUUUCUUUAUGGACUAGGUCUUGUGUACUUUCAUUUUAAUGCCUACCAGUGGUCAAUCAAAGCAUUUCGACAAGUUCUGUACAUUGACCCAAGUUUUAUACGUGCAAAUGAAAUACACCUUAGACUUGGGUUAAUGUUUAAAGUUAUAGCUGAUCAUGAAUCAUCUUUAAAGCAUUUACGGUUAGCAUAUAUUGAUUCAAGUCCCUGCACAUUUUCCAAAGCAGAAAUUAGUUUUCAUAUUGCCCAUUCAUACGAGAUUCAGGGCAAAUAUAAAAUUGCAAAAGAAGCCUAUGAAAAAAUACUAGAACAGAAGGAUAUUCCUCAACACCUUCGAGCUGAGACUUGGAAACAAUUAGGCUGGAUGCAUCAUACAGUUGAAGCUCUUGGAGAAAAACCUCAACGUCAAGCAUAUGCCUUACAUUGUCUUCAGAAGUCCAUUGAGGCAGAUUCAUCAUGUGGUCAGAGCUUGUAUUUUCUGGGUCGGUGCUUUGCCAGUAUUGGGAAGGUUCAUGAUGCUUUUCUUUCGUAUCGGAAAUCUGUGGAUAAAGCUGAACCUAAUGCUGAUACUUGGUGCUCAAUAGGGGUGCUCUAUCAACAACAGAACCAGCCAAUGGAUGCUCUUCAGGCCUACAUCUGUGCAGUUCAAUUGGACAAAGAACACACUCCAGCCUGGACAAAUCUGGGAAUCCUCUAUGAAAAUUGUAACCAACCUCAGGAUGCUCUCAAGUGUUAUGUUAAUGCUGGCAGAGGAAGAGGGUCUCUCAACCACAAUUUGAUAGCACGAAUACAGUUUCUCCGAACCCAGCUAGCUAAUAUUCCACAAACUGGCUUGCAUAAACCCAACCAGCUGCCUUGCAUUGAAGAUGCAUGGAACAUUCCAAUAUCUCAGGAAAUGGCAUCUCGGCAAACUAAUGCUCAACAGCAGGUCAGGAUGGCAGCAGCACCACAUCAAAAACAGCCUGUUUGUGCUGCUUCAACUCUCUCAAUUUCUUCACAAUUAUCUCAAACUCAACCAUCAGCACCUGGAACUUUUUCUCAGAAUGGUGUUGUAGUAAUUCCUGGUUCCCAGACUGAUCAGCAAAGUGGAUUGUCUGCCAAAAGGGUAAAGCUGAGCUCUGGUUCACCCCGAAAUAUGGAAAACAUGACUCCCCAGCAAAGAGCAAUUUUUCAGCAGUUACAGCAUCAACAACGUCUGAUGCAACUGCAGGAUCAAAAGCAACAACAGACAUUGCUGUUGCAACAUGGGCAGCAGGCACCUACAGGCCAGCCACCUGUUGCCAUGCCUGGAGUUCUUGGGCCUCAGAAUGCUGGAAUAGUCACAACCUUGACAGGAAUCCUUGGACCUCAGACUGCUGGGACAGUCACAACCAUGCCCCAGGGAAUACCUGCUGCUGGUUAUCUACCACAACCAGCUACUCUCUCAGGAGUAACAAACACUGUAGUACGUCCAAUAAGGACAGUGGCCCCCAAUUCUUCCCAGUUUAUUCCCCAGCAAAGCUUGUCUUCACGGCUUGAAGGAGCUAAUGAGAGAACUUUACUUAGUGGAUACCCUCAGGAUCCACAGACUGUUGACACAGGCUUGACUAUUGGCUCUAUCCAGCCAAAUGUCUCCUCAAACCAUUUACUUACUAAAGCAGCAACUCCACAGACUACAGAAUCAUCCACUGUAAAUCCUACUGUACAAAUUUCCCAGUCUUCUGUUCCAACGGGAUUCCAGGCUCAGUACCAGUCUAGGCCAAGUUUGGGAGCCACCCAGAAUGGUACAUUAUUAAGUGGUGGCAUCUCCAUGACUACUGAUUCCUUCAGUGACCAAGAUCUUGAAGCUCUUCUUUCUCAAAAAGAGGUCAGCCUACCAGAUGAUCUUCUUACUGAGAUAGCUGGGGAUAUAUCAGCUAGUGUUAAUCAAACCACAGAGAGUUCAUAUCUUCCAAUCUCUAGUCAGGCUGCAGUUCUUGGAGCUGAAACACAAGUCCAUCUCCAAAAACUUGAAGCUGAUGGUAACAGAGUUUCUAGUUUUGUAAGUGCAGGAAACAUUUCUACACAGAAGGAUGUACCUAAAGGACAGAUUCAACCUGAAGUUUUACCAAUAGGAGCUGUAAAUGAGGCUUCACAACCUGUAAAAUCUACUCAGAUGCUUGGGUCUGAUGCUAAAGCCUCUAAAUGGUUGUCAUCCAGCAGUCUUCCAGCAUCUAGUUUGAAAGUGAAACAGUCACAAGAGACUGUGGAAGAAAAGUCUUCUCAUCAAAGUCCUACUUCCUUAUCUAUAAAUAUGAGCUCCUCUCAGUUACUCUCAGCAUGCAAAGGACUUUCCAAAAAUGGCGUGUCAAAUACAAGUAUCAUGUCUGAGCUUUGUCCUCCUCCAUCUCCUCCUGAUCCUCCUUAUCCACCAUUGUCCAAAGACAAGCUUUUACCUCAGACCCCAAGUGUUUAUUUGGAAAACAAGAAGGAUGCCUUUUCAUCACAGUUGCAAGAAUUCUGCCUUGUUCAUCCCAUAACUGUGAUUCGUAACUUAGCCAACGUGCUCAAGCUGGACUUGGGAUUGUUUUCUACCAAAACACUUGUUGAGGCUAAUCCAACUCAAAAUGUGGAAGUUAGAACACAGUUGGUUCAGCCAUCAGAUGAAAACUGGGAUACAGAGAGAAGGAGACAGAUUUGGAAAUGUGAGAGUCACCGGUCACAUACGACCAUAGCUAGAUAUGCACAGUACCAAGCUUCCUCUUUUCAGGAGUCUCUCAGGGAAGAACAAGAAAAGGUUCAAACUGGUCACAGGGAAUCUGACAGUGAUUCUAACUCCUCGUAUCCAUCAUGGGUUAAGAAAGGAAAGAAGAAUGGCUUAUUUAAGACAAUCAAAUUUGGAACAAAUGUUGACCUCUCAGAUGAGAAAAAAUGGAAACCACAGCUCCAGGAACUUGCAAAAUUGCCAUCAUUUGCUAGGGUUGUAUCAGCUGGAAACAUGCUGAGCCAUGUAGGUCACACGAUUUUGGGAAUGAACACAGUUCAAUUGUACAUGAAGGUCCCUGGAAGUCGAACACCAGGCCAUCAGGAAAAUAAUAAUUUUUGCUCUGUCAACAUUAAUAUUGGACCAGGUGAUUGUGAGUGGUUUGCUGUCCCAGAACCGUACUGGGGGGCCAUUCAUAACCUGUGUGAAAAAAACAACAUCAACUACCUCCAUGGGUCCUGGUGGCCUCUAAUGGAUGACCUUUUUGCUGAGAAUAUCCCUUUAUAUAGGUUUCUGCAGCGACCAGGAGACAUGGUGUGGGUCAAAGCCGGAACUGUACACUGGGUGCAAGCGGUGGGCUGGUGUAACAAUAUAGCCUGGAAUAUUGGCCCUUUGACUGCAGAACAGUAUCAGCUAGCUGUAGAAAGAUAUGAAUGGAACAAACUUCAGGGGUAUAAGUCAAUUGUACCCAUGGCUCAUCUCACUUGGAACCUGGCAAGGAAUAUUAAAGUCUCUGACCAAAAACUGUUUGAACAGAUUAAAUACUGUCUGCUGAGGACCCUUAGGAUGAGUCAACUGACAGUAGACUUUGUAAAGAGUUUAGGAAAAAACAUUAGAUGGCAUGGUCGUGGAAAGAAUGAAGCUGCUCACUACUGUGUGAAUUGUGAAGUUGAAGUCUUCAACAUCCUAUUUGUCAGAGAAGUGGAAAAUAAACAUGUUGUUCACUGCUUGGACUGUGCUCGGAAAACCAGCCCCAAACUGGAUAAUUUUGUAAUCUUAGAAGAAUAUACCAUGGAGGAUUUGAUGGAGGUAUAUGAUAAUUAUGUCCUCCAUCUGUUACCAGCAGUUUCCAGUGGGAUGUCGUGAUCUCAAGUUGCUUCAGAUGUUUCCGAUGAAAUAUACUAAGCUUAAGGAAAAGCAUUGUUCUGUAUUUGGUAAUAUAAAAAAAAUUCUCUUGUCAGGAAUGGUAUCCGAUAUUUUAAAUACAUGAGUACAACUUGUGUAAGUUAAAAUUUGUUAAUAAGAUGAAAAUAUUGUAUAAAAUGUAUGUUUUUUGUGAACUUAGCUGGUAUGUCUGAUCUUUGAUUCAUGUUAAUGACAUAACGUUUUGUCAUCACUGUUCAACACAUACAUUUGACAUAACAAAUGUAUGUAAAUAAAGAAUUCUUAAAAAAUAACAAACUGUUUAUUUUAAUGAAUGGGAAUAAGAAAUAUAUAAAAUAUAAAUUGUAUCAUGAAAUGUCACUUAUAGAACUGAAUAGAAUAGAAACCAAAUUUUUUCUCUUAUAAGAUGCCAUAAUGAUGUAAAAUUGUAAGAAUAAUGCUUAGAAUUCAUACUGUUUUAAUACAAUAAAAGGCAUUUAAUUGUUAAUUAAUUUUUCAAACUGAACCAAAGAUAUAUGUUUGCAAAACUUGAAUAGCAAAUUGUACUGCAUUUGAUUUAAUGAAAAGGUCAAAGAUGAGUUUGAAAUUCUUGUUCAUGUUUCCUUCACGUUAAGUUGAAUGUACAUCAGUAAUAAUAUAAACAAAAAUGUACAUGUACCCAUUUAUAUCAUAUUUCUUUUGUUAUGUUUCCAGGCUGUGAGAAAAAGUGUUAAUGAAAAAAAAAUGAACAUAUUUGAAACUUGUUACCUCUUUUAUUAUCACUAAAUUGUGACUGAUGUAUGCUAAAGUGAAGUUAUUAAGAGCAUCAGAUAAAAAGUGUGUAGUGAGAGAGGAAUUCUGAGUUUUAUUGUCCAAUGCUCAUAAUUAGCUAUGCAAAUUUUUGUACAGUUGCAGCCUAAUAAAUACAUCUGUGUUAUCAGGACUUGAAAACUAUAUAUAGUUGCUGGUUAAAUGGUUUAGAAUCAUUUUUCGCUUUUUUUUUUAAUUACAUCUCUAUAUAUGUAUGUGUGUAUGUAAACAGUAAGGCUUUUGUUGUCAACAUCUUAUAAUUUUCACCCAGUACUAUUUUCUAUGGAGUAGUGAUAUAAACUGAAUAUCUAUUACUUCAUACUAAUAUUUCAUUAUGGAGAUAAAUCCACUAUUGGUAUUGGGACCAAGUAAAUGCCUUGUUCUUCAGUAAUAAAGCACUAUUCCUCUUAUUAGAUGUUGUACGUACACAACUAAUCAUUUAAAUUAAAUCUUUAUUUUAAUUCUAAAUCUUAUUAUGCGUUAAGUGUUCAAAAUUAUAAAGUGCAAUGUGAGUAAAAGAUUGGAUGAGAUGGAUCACCUGUUUCUUUCUCAAUAAGAAUUGUUCUCCUAUUGUAUAUUUCACAGAUCAACUUUUCUCUUGGAUAAGAAAAAAAAGCUCCAGUGGGUGAUAUGUCAUAACAAAACAACUCGUGCCUGUCCUGUUGUACUCAAAACACCAUACAUUAGCUAGUAUUAUGACAUAAUGAAGGUAUCUUUCAAGAAUUGGAGAACAAAAAAUAUUAUAGUAUUAAAAAAGAGUUACUGGAUUUUGUUUCUUCAGUUCUUGGAUGCCAUAUUGCAGUGUUUCAGGAGUCAGGCUACCCAAAGUCAUUCCUAAGUUUGCAUAUAUUUGAUUGUGAACAUAAAAAUUGGCAUGCAAGUUCUAAUGUAUGUGCAAGUACUCGAUCCCAUGUAGCUACAUUAUGUUUGGUAAAGCAUAUUGAGUUUUUGUCUAGUACCUUAGUAAUAUUUUACCUGUCAUUUAAACUCAUCACUGCCAGAACAAUCACUCACCAAGUCCUAUUCAUAUUAAUAGUUGUUUUUUCAUCAUGUGGCAUGAAUUAGUAAUUUUUAGAUGUUGAAUAUGCCACUCAGUAUUGCAUAAGAAUUUGCAGGUUUUUAUUUUAUUUCCUUUUUUUUCACUUGUGUAAUGGAAUAAAAAUGAUUGAAAAUAAAGUUGUGUUGAAGAUGUCCACAUAGCUGUGGAUAAGAAAUGUUUUGUUGAUGUUCAGAUUUAAGGGCCUCAUGAUAGCCAGUAAAUUGAUUGUACUGUACAUUGUAUGUCAAAGCCAGACCUGACUACAGACCUAUUUAUACAGAGUUUGUAUUUAUAAGACAAGCCAUCUUACUCAAAAAUAAAGAACUGCUGGUCUAAAUUUU